AAACCGCAUCUAAAGAAAAAGAGCGCAAAUGGUGACUUCGAGUUGUAGAAAUCGGGGGGAAAGGGGGUGUUUUUAUUUUGGAACCAAAUGACAUGAAUGCUCGAUGCCCGUGGUAGAGGUUCAUGUUAUCCAGUCGCACAGUCCCCUUGCGGUCGAGAUUCUUUCGAUCGAGUACGGGGGGCUGGAUGUACUGGGAGAGCAGCAAAGAGAAUCGGUCUCGGGGGCCUUGGAUCUGGUCGCCGUCAUACGCGUUUUCUCAACAGGCCACCUUGUUAUUUCCUUAUGUAGACUCUGUACAUCACACACGUCAACCGCAGCCCACCCAUGCUGCGAAACCUGCCUCCUGCAGGUAAAUAUCAGGAAACCUUUUGAACCACAUGGCCUGCUCGGUGGAUAUCGAAUUCGUGAACUGUCCUGGGUACGCAGCGUAGCCGAAUCCGGUUCUCUGCGUUCCGAGGAGCUCCGGGCUCGAGACGUGAAACGUAUUCUAAAUAACAAGGGGAUGUCAUUACUUUGUCCAUCGUUUCUCCCACUCGGCUAUGAAUCUCUCCCUACGCAAGCCUGCUUAUCAAGAGACCGGGUUGGACUAUGAAGACACUCACGUACUGGGGAGUUUACUGGCGAGUUCGACAUUACAACAUAUCCUGCUCCAUUUUCUCGUAUAGAGAGUGAUGCUGCUACAGGAAGCUGCCAAAGCUGCGACAGACUGAGAGCAGGCAUAUAUAUCUAUCAUCAAUGGCCUUCGAAUCUAAUCUGGACUUGAAUCGCCACAUCACUGUUAACUGAACCGCUUGCCCAGCCGUAUGUAAGAGAGCACGCCAUUAUACCUGCCCCGUAUUCGCCUUC